AAAGAAGACCCCUAUUUCUAAUUGUUUUUUGCACCUCGAUGGCUUCGCUGAGGCAUAUCCUCGUCGCAUAUAUUGGGGGAGACACUACAAUGUUUGCUCCUUUUGUUCACUUCGUGUUUAAUGGCUUCUCAUUUGUGUCUGCAACUCCCCAAGCCUCUCAGCAACUCAAAAUCGCUUCAUUCAAACAAGAAACCAAAGAUUAAGGCCACUGCAUUGAAUCCGUCGAAAUUAAUUAGGAAGGACCGUGAGAAUUAUGGUUGCUCAAACAACUUCAGUUCUUCGAAAUUCUUCCUUGCGUAUCACCCUUCUCCACGGGAGUUUUCCUUGGAGGCACUGUCAUCUGUGGCUUCCUUGUCCACUGAUGAGACCAUCGUUGAGAACUGGGGUCAAAUUGUGAAAAGUCAAAGUAAGAAAAUGGAGUUCAACCGGGUAAAUUGUCUUGUGUGGGUGCUCCACGAAUCCGCUAAGAGCUUCUCUGCUGCGAUUGAAUCCCUCGAAUUGGAGGGAAGCAGUGCCGAGAUUUCGAUGGCUUGGCUCGGGCAGGAUGUGCACCAGUGGCAUAAAAGGAUUUCUUAUCAGGUAGCAGUUUAUGGUAUGUUAACGACGGCAGUCGAGGUGGAGAUUUUGCUCUCUCAUGAGCGUAGCAACAAUCCUUCGGUUGUCAGGGAGAUCUUGAGCCCGAGGCUGGACUUGAUAAAGGAGUGCAUAGAAAGUCAAUUGAGCGAACAGCACACCGAACUAGUAGUAUGGUUUAGGGAGGUUGAAUUGCCACGGGUAGCUGGAUUUUUCAUUCCUCUGUUGAAGAAGUGGUCUGUGGAAUAUGCAGGAAGUGGUGUAGCAGGAAUUGUUAUUGCAAUAAGUUGCUGUUCGGCAGUGGCGAAAUUAGGUCCCCGGCAGUCAAGCUGCCGCAUGCUUUCAAUGUCCAUCGAUGCUAUUUUGCUUGAGCUCAUGGAACUUUCUCGGGGCCUUGUGUCAGUGGAAAAAGGGCAUCAAUUAGCAACUGAAGCUGGUUUUGAAUUGGACUUCUUGACACAUUUUGGGAGGAAGUUCCUUCCCAGCGAGGAGAGUGAAGAGCUUGAAUUUUGGAUUGGUCUCGCUCAAAAGAAGCUUUCACUUGCAUUUCAGAAAGAACCUCUUGUUUCGUGCAUGGAAGACUCUCGUGACAAGGUCAAAGCGGAGAAUUUAGCAAUUCUUGGGCUAUUUGCAUAUUUGGGAAGAAGAACUAGACUAUACUUGACUAAAAUGGGCAUAAGAGAAGUGGAUGAGCAGGUUAAGGAUUUUCUCAGUUACUUGGAGUGUGGAAUCAUCUUCAUAUACCCCGGAUUUUCUUCGGUGCAGAUGUAUCAGAUUUUUAUGGAGUUGAUAAUUGAUGAAAUCGGAUGGCUUGACUUUUAUGCUUCACAUGCAAGCAGUCCAGACAGGAAGAGAUCCAAACAGCAUGUCAUCCAGGCGGAGACAGAGAUUAUUCUGUCUCGGGUGUUUACCACUUGCUAUGAUGUUUUCUCUGGUUUCGCUCAUUUCAGCCGUUCAACAUUGCAACCCUUAGAUUCAGAAUUGCUGGCAUUUCUACUCAGGAGCCAAAGCCUGCUGAGUGCUUGUCUAGAAGAUUAUUGGGUGGUAUAUGAUAGAUCCAGCAAAACUUCUAAGGCAGCAGAAACUGGUGCAUCGGACCCCACAUUGACUUCAGCAGCUAAGCGGAAGGCGUUAUCAACAGUGCUGGAGGCACAGCAUGAAGCAAGCGUGUCAAUGACGCAAGAACACUUUGAGAGCGAGUCUCAGCAUGUACCCAGAUCGACAAAGGAUAGUAGCUCAAACAUGACAGUUGCCAUAGCCACUGUUGACAGGGUGGGAGAUGCUAAGACCAAUGCCCGGGAUGAAGGCUUCUGCAGGAAGUUUGGCAUCAAGUUAGUCUCUGCCAGUAAUAAUAUAGGGAUGGGCACCCAGCUACUCUGGAUAGACAUCACACUGUCGCUCGAGCUUCUCCUUAAGCAAAUGCGGGGCCACAAUAUCACAACGAGAGAGAGGAAGAAGGUAAAGAGAACGUUACAAGAUAUUGCAACACUCAUUCCAGUCACCAUACUGAUGCUAAUCCCAGUAUCUGCUGUGGGUCAUGCUGCCAUGUUAGCCGCCAUCAAGAAGUACAUACCUUCACUGAUCCCUUCUCCAUAUUCAAAAGAACGUCUGGACAUUGUCAAGCAAUUAAACAGGACUAAGAAGAUGGAAGUCCGUUUGUGGAGCAACCUUGAAGACUCCUCCCUAAAGAUAACCUAGGAUGCGACUUGCUGCACGAAGCAUGCCGUAUAUGCCACACAUAAACAUGAAUUAUCUGAAAUAUUGUAAAGUAAUAAGAUCAAUUCAUCAAAAUUCAAAGCUUAUGCUACUUCCAUGGAGUUAUGUAAUCUCUCAUCUCGUUGCAUCUCUGAUGCCUCGUUGCAUCCAAAACACUACACAGCAGCAACGAUUUUAUUGGGUCCUGAACCGGUGUUGUGGCCAACUUUUGUUUGGCUAGAAUGUUUUCUUCUGCAUCAUGCAAUUAUGGAAAUCCAAAGGAAUGAGACGAGGAGAACAUGAACCUUUCCUCGCGUAGGCAUGCAACUUCUUAGGAAAAUGA